AGUAAACUUAGCUUGACCAAUUGGUUGCAUCGCGCCAAGCCCAUCUUCCCCGGCAACGUUUGCAAGCCGUUACAUACCAGCGUCUAAAUACAUGAUCCAUGCCCUUUAUAACGAGGUACUCCAUUACAGCAUGCUUAAGUUCGCUUUCCCUCGACACGUUCUUUCUCAGCCACUGUAAUCCAUGGCAGCUCGAAGAGUUACCCAUACUCAAACAAGCUCCAACAUUACAGGCAGCCCAGACAUUCUCCAGGAAGCUAAUGGGCACCACACACUGAAUCCAGUCUCACCCUCAUUCGACGGUUCAGUUGAUCCUGAUAUCGAAGCAGGCAAGCCUCGAUUUAAGACAUCCUGGGACCGUUUCCUUGGACGAGGCAGGAAGAAUGUCGGCGUGAUACAGAGCAUCAAAAAGAUAUACGGAUGCUCCUGGCUCAAUCUGCUCCUCCUGCUGACACCAGUAGCAUGGUGGUCACAUUUCUACGGACGUCUCAAUGAUAACGCUGUCUUUGCACUCUGUUUUUUGUCCAUCAUUCCGCACGAGUGCUUGUUCGACUAUUGCGGUGAACAAAUGGCUCUGUAUUGUGGCACAGAUUUUGGCGACUUAAUCACGAUCACUUUGAACAAUACCGUUGAGGUCACCCUCGCUAUCAUGCUGCUGCUCAAGUGCCAGCUUAAGUUGCUGCAAUCGACCAUUACUGGCGUGAUCCUGUUGCACCUGCUCCUUGUUCCUGGGGCCGCUUUUCUGACAGGCGGUGCUCAAAUAUGGGAACAGGAUCUGCAUCCUGCCCACACCCAACUCAAUCAUACCUUGCUUACUAUUGGGGUGUUGGCCCUGUUAUUGCCGGCUUCAUUCUACGCAGCCAUAAGCGGUUCUUCUACCACGAUAUCAACCGACGGCGAGCUGGGGAACCUCGGUGUCAGCACUCAGACCGAUUUCUUGACCAUGAGCAGAGGGCUCGCGGUGCUGUUGCUGCUUAUAUACAUAUGUUCGCGUAUUUUCUACCACAACCCCCCUGGUGCUGGCAAGACCAUGAUGAACCAUCCCAUGACACCCGCCCAGCUCAGGUUACAGGAGGAAAGACUACAGCGCGAGGAGCCUCAGGUUAAUCAAUGGGUUUGUAUCUGUUUCCUGGUUGCCAACAUUGGGGUCAUGGCUGUGACCUCCGAGUGGUUGGUGGACAGCAUCGAUCCCGUGAGGAAUAUAUCCGGCAUAACGACAGAAUGGUUCGGCUUGGUCCUCUUGCCCUUCGUCUCCUUCUCAGCAGAUGGUGCUGUUGCAGCAGGCUACUUUCUCCAGAAGGCCCUUCGCCGAGUAUGGUCUAGGUCCAAGGAUCUUGAACCUCCCAAUACUCUGGCCAAAGCUGAAGCCAUUGACCUGAGCAUUCAGUUUGUCUUGCUCUGGAUGCCGUUCCUGACUCUGCUUGGCUGGUGGACCAACAAGCCUUUUAGCUUGCUCUUUGAUUUCUUUGAAGUCGCACUGCUUCUUGGUGCCUGCUUCCUUGUCAAUUUCGUGACUGCCGACAGUAAAACAAACUGGGCAGAGGGAUUCAUUUUGUUGUCAUUUUACGCCAUGAUUGUGCUUUGUACUUGGUACUACACGGGAGAGUCUGACGUGAGCAGUUUAUUGCUUUGUCCGGGACAGACUUCAGAAGCGAGUGGUUGAAAUCAACGUUUCAAACUUGCACAUUGUUCCUUCCUCACUACCAUGUCCGAUGCAAAUCACGUUGCACAAUUGCUUCUUUUCAAAACACGAUG